AUGCUUGCGAUGGUAGAUACAUCAGCGUUGACGGCAGAGGCGUUGGCUAGAGCUGCUGUUAUCUUAUCUGUUGGAUUGUUGCUCAUCUUUUCUGCGUUAAUCUCCAUUACCGUAACUCUUUGCAACGAAGCACUGCGUGAUGUAAUUGGAUAUUACAUGGUAUCGCUGUCGGCAGUUGAUCUGAUGUGUUCAGUGUUAAUCGUGCCAACAAGUAUGUAUAGUGCAUUAUCACCAGAUUGGCAUUUUAUGGGUGAUAAUUCAUUAUUAUGCAAAUGUUCGGUUUACUUAGAAGUUGUUCUGUUCGCGAACACUGCGUACACAUUUGCGUGGAUCGGUGUUGAUCGAUAUGCUGCUCUCAUGAAACCUCAAAGAUAUGAAACUGAGCAAACACUGACACGAUGUAAAUGUUGGAUUGUAUUCAGCUGGCUCACCGCAAUUCUACUCUCAUUACCGAUUGUAGUCGCUCGUAUGCAGGUAUCUUAUUAUCAAGCGGCUGAACUGUGUCUUCUCGACUGGUCAGCAACGGCUGCAUACAGCCUAACUUUAGCCGUUCUCAUCGUCUUUCCAUCUCUUUCGGCCAUUUUGUUCACUUAUUGUGCUAUCUUCUCGGCAAUGCGCAAUACUGAAACGCUGGAAGACAGUCAACGAGCUUUACUGGAAACAGAUCAUAAUUUUGCAGUGGCAUUUUUUGUGUUGAUUUCGUUUUGUUUAUCGUGGUUACCAGUGAUCGUGGUGCGUGUAUUGCCUGAAACGGUAUUGAGUGGUGCAGACUCAGCAACGGUUAAUUUUGUAUUUGUUUGGUUGGCUAUCGGAGGUCCAUCCUCUAAAUUGCUCAUAUCACUGUUCAUCAAUCGUGAAUUCCGUUCCGCACUCGCAUCGCUGAUUCUCUCUUUAUGUCCCUGUUGUUCGUUCUCAUCCAGUGAACAUAGGCGUCAACAAUAUAGGAAUCUAUCAGCUGAACGAACGAUUCCUUUCAGUUGA